AUGUCUUUGAUGCCGACGCUCUUCGCAAAGGUACGAAAGUUAUCGAAGAACCAAAACGGAGCACUGUCGAAAGCUAGAUGCGAUCUUGUCUGCUUCGAAACUAGCAAGGAGAAUAAGCAACAGUGUCGGACGAAAUGUCGCUCUGAAGAACAAAAGCCGGGGACUUGUCCGGCAGAAGAUAGUCCAAAGUGGGCAGAAGCGUGCGUUGAAGCAUGUAAUGCUGAUUCUCAAUGUGACAGCACGCAGCGAUGCUGCCAUCAUGGCUGUGGUUCCACCUGCAGUGAACCAACUGAUCUGCACAUAAUACCAGGUCUCCCUGCUUUGCCAUUAGUGGACAAAGUGAAGGAGAAGAAACGGUCAGUCGUCAUUCAAUGGUCUGAUGGAGUGGGAGACGCAGCUAGAGCGGUACCUGGUCGGAUAUUGUAUCUAUUAGAAGAGCAAAAUCACGUAGGACCAAAGUAUGAAGAGUCAAAACUUGGAGAAUGGAAAAUGUUGCUGAGAACGAACAAGAAUAAGACCUCUUUGAAAAGUCUUCUAAAGCCAGGCCAUUGGUAUCGUUUUCGUGUGGCUGCAGUCAGCGCAUCAGGUACUAGAGGUUUUUCGGCUCCCAGUACACCAUUCACUCCAAGAAAAGGACCAAGACCUCCACCUGCUCCUAAGAAGUUGAGGGUGCGUCCAAUUAAGUCGGAUAAUGGUACAGUGACUGUGAGAUUGGAGUGGAAAGAACCAAAUUCGGACCUGCCAGUGGUUCGUUAUAAGGUGUUUUGGAGCAGACGAGUUAAGGGUCUUAGUGGACCUUUAGAUUCUGUGUUGGUGAAACAUCAGAGCGUCCCUAAUGUACGUACCUGUUAG